AUGACGAAGAUCGCGCGGGAGUGGCUGAAGGCGACCGGCUGCGAGAAGCUGAUGGACGAGCUCGCGCUCGACAAAUUUUCGGUGAUCGACUUCGGCUUCCGGGGGGUCUCCUCCGUCGAGAGCGCCGGCCUCGGCGGUGCCGCGCACUUGGUGAACCAGAUGGGGAGCGACACCGUUGCGGGCGUGAACGUGGCGAAGGCGUACUACGGGGCGGAUAUGGCAGGCUUCUCCAUUGCUGCUGCGGAGCACUCCACGAUCACGAGCUGGGGCAAGGACAAGGAGGUGGAAGCCUUCCGCAACAUGCUGACGAAGUUUAACGACGGCCUGGUCGCAGUCGUCAGCGACAGCUACAACAUCCGGGGGGGGGGCUAA